UUGUCAAGAUUGAAUAAAAUCAGCUGCUUGCAACAGAUGUGCAGAGAUUGGAAACCUCCCUCGUCCGUCAACCGAUGCAAUAGCGAUUGUGCAAUUUGCAAAUAAACAACCCCCACCCGCCCUUCAUACAGCCGACUGGAAAACAAGUGCAUUUUUCGCGUGUGGAGCGGAUAGUGGAAGCGACGGCGCGUCAUCACCGCUGUGGAGUGUGUGGUUGUGGAACUUUUGUUGACGCAGUGACUUCACAUAGAAAUGGGAUCAGUAAUUGGCAGAGUAACACCACGAGUAGUAGACAUGGCUGGCCCGCCCGCUCAAUACGUUUUGGAUACCAUCAAGAAGGAAAAAGUAGUUAUAUUCUCCAAGACUUACUGUCCGUAUUGUACGAUGGCUAAAGAGCAAUUCAAGAAACUAAGUUUCCCGUUCUUUGUUGUUGAAUUGGACAAUCGUGAUGAUAGCAACGAGCUUCAGGAUGUCCUUGGAGAAAUGACUGGAGCACGAACGGUGCCUCGAGUGUUCAUCGACGGUAAAUGUGUAGGCGGCGGUACCGAUGUCAAACGAAUGUACGAGGAUGGCAGCCUUAAAGCGUUACUCGGCCUUUAAUCUCAUCCUUCUUUAAAGUCUAUUAGUGAAAAUAUAUUUAUAAUUUAUUUAAAAAUAGCAUUCAGAAAGUUUUUACAAAUUGACGUAGCCACUUAAAAACACUUAAUUUUUAUCACCAGAAGGCGACUCAUCCUUCGUCUGUGACUUUUGUAAAAUAAUUUGUUCUUCCAUGCACUUACUAAAGUUUAUAGUUAAUUGCUUGUGAAAAGAAUGUCCUUGAUUUUAAAGUGUGUAUGCUUAGUCUAGAAAAUAAUUAGACAUUCGCUCUCAAACAAUGACGAAUUCCAUCGUUUGAUGGAAGGAGAAUAAUUUCAACUACUUUUAGAUUAGAUCUGAGAAACAAAAGAAGACAUUUCAAAUUGGUCGUAAAUAUCAAUAGCAACUUAUUAUUGACAAUAAAUAUGUUUUUCAAAAAGCAAGAAA